UGUUGAACUGUGUCACAGCAUCAUGAACUUGAAUACCAUUGUCCACGAUGGGUUUCGGCAUGAGGCAGUGGAAGACACCGACCUCAUGCAUGGAGACGGUGAAGAAGUCGAGGAUGACAUUUUUGACGUUGACCCCGUCCCGCGCGUCAGUGUUGCAAGCAUUUUACAACCCUCGGAUCCUAAACACGCGUAUUUCUUCUGCGCAAAUCGCUAUGUCUUGAUCAAUGUCGCUCCUGCCUCGACAUUCGACUCAAUUAUAAGUGGCCCAAGAGCUAUCGUCGAAGGCUGGCCGUAUCUCAUUAAUUCCGGAUUCGGAUCUGUGGAUUCUGUCCUCGCGAUCCCAGGGAAACCUGGACAAAUGUAUUUCUUCUGCGGGAAACGGUACGUGCGUAUAUAUAUCGAGUCUGUAGAGACAACCUCAGGCCAUGUGGUGGAGGGCCCUGCAGACAUCGCUGCUAGAUGGCCUUCUUUGAGGCGGGCUGGAUUUGAAACUAUCGAUGCCAUUCUCUCGAAUCCAGCGAAAAAUGAGGAAGCGUACUUCUUCAGCGGGGAACAGUAUGCACUGAUCGACAUCGAGUCCAACACCAAUGCCGACUCCAUUGUUAAUGGUCCGAAGGCAAUCCGGGAUGAUUGGCCAUCCCUAAGUCAGGCAGGCUUCAAAACCGUCGAUACGGCUCUUCCGAACCCUGCCAACUUCGACGAGGCCUACUUUUUCUCUGGAGAGCAGUAUGUGCUCAUCAACGUAAGGCAUGGCAUUACCCGCGACUACGUAGUAAACGGUCCGAAUCCCAUUCGUGAUGACUGGCCCUCUCUCCACCAAGCUGGUUUCUGGUGAAUAGCGGUUCCUGCUACUGUUGCAAUCAAAGGACUUCCUCGCUAUGCUUCCGUGCGUUGUGCUUGAACCGAGCGAUUAAGAGGCGGCUGCUCUUCAUCAGCUCCUGCACAGAAUGUCUCAGCCUGUUUUGUCCCCGAGUCCGACUGCCCCCAUACGCUCUCCUCUAUCCAAUGUAUGUAUGUCAGCGAUGUUUCCUUACUCGUUUAGCUGUCAGUCAAUACUGUAUGAUCGCCACCGAAGCGCCGGACUUUAUAUACUUGUACUCUCUCUCCUUAAAUGUUGCACUUCUUAGGUCCCUCUUAAUCAAAUACUGAUUAUUUCCAAGAAGCCAUACAAGUGCUGAAAUGACAUGUCUUCUUGCUUCGGUUUUGGAUGUUUCGUGAUUCGCCCUGUUGGAUAGCAAUUGUAUCAGUCUAGUCAGUGACGCGGUUCGUUCUCCAGUAUUUUGCAUACGGAAAACAUUUU